AUGCUCCUAAUUGCUGUUACGCCACCAUCAAAGCAUUGUUGUCGUCCUCGUCAGGAUCAUGUUGCUUGCCAGUGCCUCCACUCGUCCAAUUUGCCACGAGUGCUUACAGGUUACCUGGAAUCACUGCGCUAUGCUGAGCAAAUGUGUUCUUAUGAAUUGGUUUCCAGUCUAUUGCCGAACGGUAACCUGCGGCGGACAGCGGCAAGUCAAAAGUAUUGUUAUGCCGGCACUGCUUCGAAGAGGCUACGAAAUUACUGA